AAUGGCGGGGAAGAGACGACCCUAAGACAUAGUGGGAAAUAACCAAAACCUAAAUGCCAACAACUAACUGCUCUUUUGAAUCUGUCAAGCUAACUAAACCCAUAACACUAAAAAACCUUCCCAUCGCCUAAAUUUAGCCUAAACGACACCUACCAAGUUUCUGUUUUCCAAUCCUAAUCUCUCCCAUCGGAUCUUCUUUUCUUGCAUUUCCUCAACAAUCAUGAGCCCUCGCCGGCCAUGUUUUUUCUUCUUCUUCGCCGUUUCUUUUCCCUUCUCCUUCACCCAAUCCAACCCUCAGAAUCUUGAAACUUUCUUCCCCUUCCCCUUCCUCGUUCCGUCGCCUUCCGCCUCGCCGAACGCUUCUUCCGCCUCUCCGCCUCCGUCGCUGCAUAUCUCGCCGUCUUUUCCGCCUGUUAUCGACGAGAAUUCCUCGGCUGAUCGGACCACUGUUAUAAAAGCUGUAGCUGCUACAGCUGUGAGUACUUUCGUGAUCGCCACCCUGCUUUUCUUUUUUGUACGUAGGUAUAUUGUUAAGCGAAGAGAUGGGAAGAUUGUAAAUAGAGACGAUGAACGUAAAAUAAGUGGGAGAUUACAGGCUUCCGGGCCGGCGAAAGGUGAUCGGAGUCUUGACGGGUUGAUCAUUGAUGAGAAUGGGUUGGAUGUUCUUUAUUGGAGAAAACUUCAAGGGAAAAGUAAGAGUAGUAGUAGUUUUAGAAAACUUGCAAACCCUAAUUCUUUGGGAGAUGAUGAUCAGUCUGCUCUAGCAAAACAUCAACGGAGAAAAUCUGAGCCGGUGCAAGAAAUUCCUUUGCUUCGUGGAAGAUCUUCUUCAGGUUCUGAUCAGAAUAAAGUUUUGCAUGGAGCUAGUAGUCCUAACACAACUGUGGCUCAACAUGUUAAUCAGUUUGAAAAACUAAGCCAAACGUCAAAUUCUCCUCCUCCUGCUACUGCUCCUGCUCCUCCUCCUCCUCCGCCUCCGCCGCCGCAAUCUUUAAUGGCAAUUCCAGCCAAGAAAGCACCUGCUCCGCCUCCUAUUCCGGCCAAGAAAGCGCCUGCUCCUCCUCCUGGCUCGGUAGAAAAGAAUAACUCAAAUCCACCUCCUCCACCACCACCUCCAAUUAUGGGGAAGAAAAGUAGUGCUGGACCUCCACCUCCUCCGCCGCCUAAGGCGGCUGGGGCGUCGAAAGGGAUGGGUGCAGGUAGUAGUGGAACACAAGCUGGUUCUUCAACUGGACCUGUCAGAACAGGAAGUGGUAAUAGUCAGGUUAAACUGAAGCCAUUGCAUUGGGAUAAAGUUAACAAGAAUACGGAUCAUUCUAUGGUGUGGGAUAAAAUUGGUGGUGGCUCUUUCAAGUUUGAUGAUGAUCUUAUGGAAGCUUUGUUUGGAUAUGUUGCAACCAACAAAAGAUCACCCAAGAAAGAAGGAGCAGCAAGUGAUUCAAAAAGUCAGGGAAGCAGCCCAACAGCAAAACCAAUUACUCUCCUUGAUGCUAGAAAAUCGCAGAAUAUCGCGAUUGUGCUCAAGUCGCUUGGCAUCUCUCAAAGGGAAUUGCUUGGUGCUUUAACCGAAGGACAUGGUCUAAACGCAGACACUCUUGAAAGGCUGAUGAGAGUUGCCCCAAAUAAAGAAGAAGAAACUCAAAUACUCGAAUUCGAUGGAGAUUCUAGACGACUCGCAGAUGCUGAGUCUUUCCUAUACCAUCUCCUGAAAGCUGUUCCGUCAGCUUUUAGUCGUAUUGACGCGAUGUUUUUCAGAUUAAAUUAUGAUUCGGAGAUUACUCAGUGCAAGGACAUUUUAGAAACGCUAGAAUCAGGGUGCAAAGAGCUUCGAAAUCGAGGGCUUUUUGUCAAACUCUUAGAAGCAGUCCUUAAAGCUGGGAAUAGAAUGAAUGCAGGAACUUCUAGAGGAAAUGCGCAAGCAUUCAAUCUAACUUCUCUUAAAAAACUAUCGGAUGUUAAAAGCAUAGAUGGAAAAAGUACUCUGCUUCAUUUUAUAGUGGAGGAAGUUGUGCGGGCGGAGGGAAAACGUUGUGUUAUCAAUAGAAAUCGGAGCAUGAAUCGAAGUGGCAGCAGAAGCAGCAUUAAUAGUGACAAUUCUACGUUGAACGAAGAAAAAGAGAAGGAAUAUAUGAUGCUUGGAUUACCAAUGGUAGGAGGGCUAAGCGCACAAUUCUCUAGUGUGAAGAAAGCAGCACAGAUAGAUUAUGAUACCUUUGCCGGAACUCAGUCAGGUCUCACAGCACGGGCAGCAGAAGUUAGGGAAAUCGCUUCACAAUGUGAGGAAGGAGGAUUUGCUAAAGAGAUGAAAGCAUUUCUGGAAACGGCAGACGAAGAACUAAACAUAUUGAAAGAAGAGGAGAAGAGGGUAAUGGAACUUGUGAGGAAUACAACAGAAUAUUAUCAAACAGGAGCUUCCAAGAACAAAGGAGCUCAGCCACUUCAAUUGUUUGUCCUAAUUAAAGACUUCUUAGGGAUGGUAGAUCAAGUCUGUAUAGAAAUUGCUCGAAAUCAGCAAAAAAGGAAAACGCCCUCUUCGAGUUCCGGCUCCUCCUCAGCAUCCAGAACAGCAGUCAAGUUUCCCAACUUGCCUGAACAUUUCAUGUUGGAAAAAUCAAGCAGCAGUUCAAGUGAAUCAGAUGCUGAAAUGUGAGUACAAUUUUUUCAAAUUGCAGAAAGAAUAAAUUAGUUAAAUGUAUAUAGUUGUGUUAUAAGAAAAUUCAAAAUGUAGAAAAGCAUAGAUAAGUGAGUUUUGAUUUUAUCUAAUUUAUUGGUUUACGAUUCUUGGCAA